CAUUGGGUGUUGGCGUGAAAAGUGAGGCAUUAUCAGAAGAAGAACGCGUGGAGCGGCGCGUGAAGACGCAUCCCUCAUUAACUAGGCAAUUGCAAGUUGCAAGUUUUGCUCUUCUUCUCUUUCUGAGAUUGAGAUGUUGGAUAACAGAGGGGAAGAAGAGAGCAACACAACCUCAUGGCUCGUUUUGACUCAACUGUUGGUCCUCCUCCUCCUCCUUGGACUCCUCUUUUUCUUCGCCGUCUUUCCUUUGGAUCCCGACGACAACCACGUCGCCGCCGAUGCGCCGCCGUCGUUGACCUCUUCCGGCGUCUUCCUUAUUCACGAUAUUCAGCCGAUUGAAUCACCGCUGCCGCUCGCCAAUCGCGAUUCCUCGCCCUCUCAUCCAACCACCCGUCAACACCGUCUUCAGGGUGGGCAAAACUUACUUAUAAAAGGCGAAAUAGAAACGGGUCCAAGCAUGAUCAGAAGGGAGGAAAUUGCAGAGGAGGAGGAGGAUUCAUCAUUGUAUGUUCACCCUUGCCAUUAUUUUCAACUAGCUACGGUUGCAUUUCUCAAAUGUUUUGGCCUGGAUUCUACAUCUGAUAGCCCUUCAACACGGAAACAUAGGAAAAGAAAAGAAAACUGAUUAUGAAAAUUGUAAUUGUAAUCAUCAUUAUGAACAUUUUUUAAUCAUUUCCUUUGUAUAGCCCUACGCAAUUUGGUGGCACAGAAGAACUUCUGUCCUUAUAAAUACACUUGCUUCAUUUAACAAAUUAA